CUAUUUAGUUUAGAGGUUAUGUUCCGUUGCCAUGAAAAAGUUAACCUAGUGGAGGUACAAUAAAUUCAAUGCUGUAUUUAGUUGAAAACUGUAGGUAUUCUGUUAAAAUGUCAUUUCUGCAAACUUGACUGAUAGUAUUGAAAACUAAAAAUGGUUCUUACUAAAUCAUCAAAGAUUUUUCGGACGAUUUUAAGAAGUAAUAGCAGUGUUUCCAAUCGUGCACGACGGUCUUAUGGAAUUGAAAAACAGUGUUUCAGAUCUUAUGCCUCAAAAACUACAUCUAAUAUCUCCAAUUUCAACUCUGAGCCAUUCAUUCAAUUUGGUAAAGUAUUAGAAAAAAGACAAUGUGAAGCAAAACGGAGCAUUUUAGUUCAGGUGCAUUCGAAAUUGUCAUGUAUUCAGUUGACUGAUUAUUGUUCAACUUAUGGCCAAAUUCUCAAUUUAUUUCAUUAUCAACUUCCCAACAUGAAUAACUUCAUAAUUGUUGAAUUUGAGCGUGAGAAUUCAGUUGACGAAUUGAUAGCUCGUUCAACUCACUUUGAUAAACACCAAAUUAUUCCUGUGCGAUCACAGUUUCUAUGGUUCAAGGAAAACCUCAAAGAGAAGAAAAACAGGAAUCCCUCCCCAAAGAGUUUAGAGAAUCUACCCCUGACCAUUUCUCAAGAAGUGCUACCACCAGAUCCAAAACAUAUCUACGCAAUGUUGAACUCAUCUAACGAUAUUCCUGACCAGAUGAUAAAGCUGUUUGAUGCGUUAUGUUUGGAUGAGAUAGGAAUACGUAUGAGGUUUCUCACAGCUCAACAAAUUCAAAGAUCUCUGACUGGUUUAUUUCCAGCAGCAGUAGCUGUACCUUAUGGUUCAACUGUGAAUAGUUAUGGGAAGAAAGGCUGUGAUUUGGAUAUUCACGUUCAGCUCGAUCAAUCAACAGAGGAAGACUGCAAUGGACAUUUGAUUUUCCACGCCAAAUCGACAUUAGCUACAAGUCGAGCUCAACAGCAGCGCUCAGUUGAUAUGCUGGGAGAUCUCGUUCAACUCCUGCUGCCCGGCUGCAAUCAUGUGCGGAAAAUUUUAAACGCCCGUGUACCAAUUCUGCGCUACAAACAAGAACUGACCGGCACCGAAUGUGACAUUUCGGUAACAAACAUGUCAUCAGUGUAUAUGUCGGAACUGUUGUACAUUUAUGGCUCAUUUGAUUGGCGAGUUAGACCGUUAGUAUUCACAGUAAGAUUCUGGGCCAAGUCAUUGAAUCUUACUAGUUCAUCUCCUGGUCCCUGGAUAACAAACUUUUCCUUGACUCUUCUAGUGCUCUUCAUUUAGUUAAUCCCCUUGAAACACACCUGAAUGUUAGUAAAAAUGUUAGCUUACAAGAACUUGAAAAAAUCAAGGAAGAGUGUGUUAAUGCACUUCUCUAUCUAAGAGCAGAUAAUCAUAUUUAUGAGAAAGAAAAUGGAGAUGUAUGGGGGUUGCUACACUUAUUCAAUUUGGCAGUAAAAAGUAAAAAUACAAGGAGUAGUCGAAAAAAUAGUAAUAGGCUGAUAGCUGUAACCGACAUUUUUAAAGAAGAAAUUAAUUAACUGUAUUUCACUUUUGUACAGAGAUUCAAUACAGAAUUUGUUUAAAAAACUG